GUACUCGGUACUUCUAAAUACGCUUAAUACGUGUAUAAGUCCCUGCUCCGUACUCGUACGCCAUACGUCUUCCAACAAACCUAGUGUUAAGACCUGCUCCAGUAUAUACGCCUCACCUCUAACCUCGACUUGACCGUUGUUUCUUUUCUUGUUGUUUUGUAAUUUGGUAACUUUGUAUUCACUUUAUUUGUAUUCAUUUUAGAUUUAUAGAGGUUAAAAUGUGUUUGUCUUUUGGUUUUUAUUUUUAACUAUAAUUAGUUUAAUGAGAAUAUAAUGAACAGAUGUAUUAGUUAGUUCAUUAGUACUCCGUAAAAAAAUUUAUUAGUUUAGAAGUGGGUAUAUAAACUGUGUCAAAGUUUAUUUAAUACGAUCUCCAAAAAAACUUAAUAAUACGAUAUAUUAUAUCAAAAUGAAUCACCAUCCUACAGAUUCUUCAGAAGUUACUUCAAACAGUUUCAGAGAAGAUUCACAAACUAAAACACAAAAGAAACGUGAUGACUAUUUAGAAUGGAAAGACUAUUUUAUGGCUGUUGCAGUAUUAGCUGCCAAAAGAAGCAAAGAUCCAAAUUGUCAAGUUGGUGCCUGUAUAGUUAAGGAUUUGAAAAUAGUUGGUGUUGGAUACAAUGGCAUGCCAUCUGGAUGUAGUGAUGAUGAAUUUCCAUGGGGCAAAGAAGUGUCAAAUCCUUUGGAUGAAAAGUCCCUUUAUGUCUGCCACGCAGAAAUGAAUGCCAUAAUAAACAAGAAUAUAUCGGACUUGAAGGACUGUUCGAUUUACGUUAGCCUAUUUCCAUGCAAUGAGUGCGCAAAGUUAAUCAUACAAUCUGGAAUCAGAGAAGUGGUAUAUCUAUCUGAAAAAAAACCCUAUAAACCAAAGUACAUGGCGUCGAGACGAAUGUUUUUAGCUGCUGGAAUUAAAUGCAGACAAUUUAUACCAAAGCAGGAUAAAAUAGAAAUAAAUUUUACUACAAAUAAUAAUGAUAUUUUGUAAGUAAAGAAUCUGAUAUUUUACAAUAUGGAAAAUUUUGUAAGUAAACAAUCAUGCCGUUUUACAAUAUGUAAAAUUUCAAAUAGUUUUAUAGGUCAAGUUCAUAUUAUGAAGCGGAUUGCACAUUUAGCAGCACAUGCUGUACGAACUAGAGUUUGGCUAAUGAAAGUAGAGACUAUUUUAGAAUUUAAACUAUCGUGAGUGUUAUUCAUAUUAAUUGAUUGUGAAACACGGCUAAAACUCACGUGAUAUGGUUCAUGACUAAGGGCCCCGUAUGGGAUCGAAACUAGUCGGGCACACUCCGACCUAAUAUCACAUGAGUUUUCUAAUCAGCCGUGUUUCAUAAUCAAUUAAUAUAAAGUAGAGACUGAAAUCAACCAGCAAAUAUAAAACAGAAUGGAGGGCAUUCCCAAAACAAUAGUUUUAAACAAAUAUUUAACUUAAAACUAAUAAACUAAUUUAAAAACUCAAGUUUGUUAAUAGCAAUUUAAUUUUUUUUCAACAUGUAGUAGUGUGUGUGUAGUAAUGUUUUCACACAUACAUUUUUAUUUAAAUAAAGAUUAGUAAAUAUUUUUUUAAUUUGCCGGGCAUUUUCAGUUUCUACUUUCAUUAGCCCAAGUCUAUGCGGUAUUAUCAAAACCAUAGACAAAAUUAUGUCUAGUCAAUUACUUCAAACAAUAGAAUUCAAUAAAUAAAUCGUGUUCAAUGUGCAGCUGUGGACGAUGUGCUACAUUACACUUUAUCUUCAUAAAUAGUGUUUUGUUGGAAUAACCAUAAAUGAACUUCUAGCAUGUGUUUGGUUACUAGCUUUAAUAAAAUAUUUUUCAAGACUUAAAUACUGAGAAACUACUCGUGAAACAAUAAACAAUGAACUGCGAUUUGCCAACAAUAGGGUAGUUGAAAGGGUCCAAAAUAUAUUAAUAUUACUUAAUAAAAGUUAUGGAUAUCAUAGAAAACUUAAUUUAAAAAUCAUGUAUUUUAAAACUUUUCUGAACGUCAAAAACUCUUUCGACCAUUUUGUACUUGCUACUUGAUGUCACUAAGGGAAUAAACUAAUUAAUAAAUAAAUGAUUUUGUCAAACACUAAACCGUUUGGUUUAGGUAAAUAUAGACCAUCAUGACCGAUAGAGUUUUGGUUCAUAUUGUUAAAAAAAAUAUGUAAAUAUUAAAAUUUUCAUGUGUUCAUGUCUCAAAAAAUAUAAUAUAUUUUUGUCAAUUUAGUAGAAUGAUAAUAAACAUUUUAAGACCCUUUUGAAAGAUGUAUUUAGAUAGUAAUUUGUCAUGGCAGGGUAGAACUUUGGAACGAAAUAAAAGAGAAAUGUAAAUAAAUUUGUAAAAUAAAAAUUUAUUACUUUAUGUACAUCAUGACAGGGGUACAAAAUACUCCAAUCACACCAAGGUGAACAAACAAAAUCAACAUGGUUAAUUUCAACACAUUUUCUAGUACACGGAAAUCAUACUUCAGUAUCUUCCGAGCAAAACAGCCCAGUUACUCUAUGACACGGACAUGUCAUUUGACGUCACUAAUUUAUUAAACAACACAGUACCAUCAGGGCCCAAUCAAAAAUUUUAAAAUUUAAAACCAUACAUAACAUGCAAAAAAAAAAGAAAU